UUCUGAAGCAUUCUCAGCUUCUCUAAGUUUACUGACUUCCUGCUUUCUGCCACAAUGAUCAAGCAGAUCAGUCUUGCCAUCACAGUGGUGGUUGUUCUUGGAUCUGUUGGAGUCAGUCAUCAAAGAGGCUGCUGGACUAACUGGUUUAAUGAUGACUCUCCUCGUGGAACUGGUGACCAUGAGACUUUUCCUCAGCUGUGGGGACGACACCCAGCUGAGAUCUGUGAACACCCCAUGGGGAUUGAAGCAGAGACCACUACAGGGAUCCCAGCUGAGAAAACUGGACAGAAACUGAAUACAUACUCUAAAGAAGACGGUUUGAUUUGUCUCAAUAAGGAACAAAAAUCUGGGUCCUGCUUUGACUACAAAGUUCGCUUUGAGUGCGAGUGCCCCCGUCAACAAUGUCUUGAGAACUGCUGAAGACUAAAGUGCUCUUGUAGAUUUUUUUACUGUCUUGUUUUGCAAACURAUCUCUUCUGAGCCGACGUGAGCUUUAGAUUGAAGAGGUUUGACAUAAAACUGAAUUAAACUUUCUUUUUGUCUCUA